UCGGCUUUUGUACACUCAACUCACUCGCCUGCUACGAUUUUUUGUUCAGCUCAGCAGUGUAGUGUUCGUCUCUCUACUCAGCACGAAAGAAGAUAAGUGAAAAGUGAAGUCUUCGGAACGCAAAAGGGUUGGAAAAUCACGGUUCCUCGCGUAGACAAAAAGAAAAUCCAGGGGAAUACAGAUCAAAUUCGGAUCUGCUGGCCGCGUCGUGCCGAAAUGAGCCAGCUUGUCCUCCCGGAGGAACAACAACCAGCAGCUUCGUCGUCGGCGCAAGAAAGAAAGUUUCCGAUUUUCGACGUCGUCGCAGCAGACGCAGGAAAAGAAAUGGACCAGGUUACGGGCGGACGCUAGAGCUGCUCGGAAUCGAUUCCGAAAGGACGAAGGUGGACGUGACGCACCGCGAACGACGACGAGUCCGACAGCACGCGCAUUGAAAUCAUCGAGUUGAGUUGCGAGAGAGCGGCCACAAGCUGCCUCCAUUAGUAGCGGUGGUUCCUGCUGAGGCCGCGGCGACAUUCCGGACGACCGUCGUCUCGGCAGCCCUCGCGAUAGCAUCGUCCAGAGGGGUCAGUGCCGGCGGCGGAGGUGGUGGGGGAGGGGGUGGUGGAGGAGGAGGAGGUGGAGGCGCCAGUAGCAGACAACGACGACGUGUUCUGUUACGCAGCAGUAAAGGUGGUGGAGUUUCGACGCCGCGCACUGGCCCUGAAACGCGAUCGGCAAUCCUCGGCAGACAGCAGCGGCUUCGGCGUCGUCGUCGCCGGCAGCGUCAGCGUCAAAACGGCCUCAACGGCUCAAGCUCAGCCGCGACGAAGAUGGUCGUAGCGUCUGCCGGAGGUCACAGCAACGGCAGCAAUGGAAGUCACGGUGGAAGUACGGGGGCGCAGUCCCACAACAAGCUGCCGCUGCAGGUCACGUCCGGUGGCACCGGGAUGACGCCGAAGGAGCUGUCCGACAACGAUGACCUGGCGACGGGCGUCGUGCUGGACACGAUCCUGGGCUUUCAGACGCACAAAAUGAACCUCAAGUAUCGGCCGCUCCGGGUCAACACCGAGCCCGUCAAGGACCUGCUGGAGGAGUUUAUUCGCACGCAGAACUACGCCAAAUGCUACCAGCAGCUGAUGAAGGGCAGCUGGAUCCCGCGGUCGGCGCUCAACAAGAGCAAGCUCGCCCAGAAGCGGCUGGAGGCGCACAUCUACCGCUACCUCCGCGUGUUUGACCGGAACGCCGGGUUCGUGAUAGAGGCCUGCUACCGCUACUCGCUCGAAGGUCAAAAGGGCGCCAAGAUCUGCUCGACCAAGCGGUGGCUCAAGCACGAAAAGAUCGAGUGCCUGGUCGGGUGCAUCGCCGAGCUGACGGAGAAGGAGGAGGCUGCGCUGCUGCAGCCCGGCCGGAACGACUUUAGUGUGAUGUACAGCUGCAGGAAGAACUGCGCCCAGCUGUGGCUGGGACCUGCGGCGUACAUCAACCACGACUGCCGGGCAAACUGCAAGUUUGUGGCGACCGGACGGGACACGGCCUGCGUCAAAGUGCUGCGGGAUAUUGAGAUUGGCGAGGAGAUAACCUGCUUUUAUGGGGAGGACUUCUUUGGGGAUAAUAAUCGGUACUGCGAGUGUGAGACUUGCGAGAGGCGUGGGACGGGGGCGUUCGCCAAGGACAAGAACGGCGAGGACCAGCAGAGCCCGAACGGGGUGCGGUACAGGUUGCGGGAAACGGACAACCGGCUGAACCGGCUCAAGAGCAAAAAUAGUCCGGUGGCGGAGAAUGGCAAAACCAGCAUCGGCAAGAGCGAACCGCCCUCGGCCCUGGCCGCACUCAGCAUGAAAGAGUUGCGCGAAAAGGGCAUGACCAAGUACGACGCCGAGAUGCUGCUGGCGUCGACCCAGCAAAAGUCGUCCCCCUUCGAGGGGAAUCACGUGCCGGAGGCGAGUGAGGAACCUACGACGACGACGAGCGUCGUUCCGACGGCGACCCAGGAAGACAACAACAAACGAGCCACCCGUUCAUCGCGACGAUUUCAACAGACUCCGACGACGUCGGAGGGCGUCGGUCCACGCCGCUUCAGCAGCAACAGCAGCCUUAACACGGACAUUUCCAGCGUACUCUCGUCGACGUCCUCGUUCGUGACGGCCAAAUCGACCUGCUCCGUGCCGACAGCCGCCGAACGCAAAAUGAUGCCCCGCGAGGACGCCGAAGUCAAGUCGUCCGCGGUCAUCGUCAUCGACGACGACCACAACAGCUGCCACUCGUACGCGUCCAAAGCCAGCAGCAGCACCAGCACCAGCAAAAGCAACGUGUAUGUGUUCAACGAUCUCCUGGACGGUGGGGGCGAAGGCGCCGACGGCGCCCCCCUCAACGGCUACACGCUCCGCAACCAUCACCAGUGCAGCAAGGACGUUCCGACGGCGGUGGUUCCGGCUUCGACGAAGCGACGAUCUGCGCGCGCUCCGGAAGUGGUCAGCCCAAGGGUUACGCGAACGCGCAAGCAGCGGCUGCUGAUGAAGGUUGAGGAACCGCCGCAGACGACUCCGUCGUCGAAGGAUCUCGCCUCGUCGGCGUCUACGACGCCCGGCAGUGGGGACAGCUCGAACCGGGGCAAUCGCCGCAAGCAGAAGCUGCAAACGCGAACGCUGCAGGCGGACGAGGAAGCGGCGCUGCAGAAGCAGGUCCUGGAGGCGGCGGCCAGCGAGCAGCCGGAUCUGCUGCGGUUGGUUCCGCGGCGGCUUGUCCUGGGUGGUGAGGGGGAAGAGGAAGAAGACGACGAGGACGAUGUGAUCCUGUCGAACUGUGUAACCAAUUGUGAUGUAGCGAGUAGCGAUAAGUUAGUGCCGGACGUAAUUGUGCUGAGCAGUGGAGUCAGCAGCAGUAGUGGUAGCAGUAGUUGUGGUAGUGAGAGUAGAUGUAACAGUGUUGGCAAGGGUGAGGGGGAACAGUCGCAGCAGCUGGAGCAGGUCCCGGAGGAGCAGGGGGAACUUGCCUCGAAGUUGGUGAUUGGUUCGCGCAAGCGGAAAGUGUCCAAAAGUGUGAGCGAGUCGGAGAGCAGUAGCAGUUGGGAGAACAAGGUCCCGCAGCGGAACACCGGUAACAUUCCGAACCCGGAAGCGCUUCUCAAAACGCCCGAGCGACGACUCAAGCUGACGCUGCGCAUGAAGCGCAGUCCGGUCAUUGACGAAAUCAUCGAAUCAGUCCACGUUCUGCUAACCCCCCUCCAGAUUGCGGUUCCGGAAAAGUUUGGCCGAACGCGCUCGGCGUCCAUCAAACGACAAGACUCGUGCCGGCAUUUGUGAGAGGUUUUUUUUCGAAAACAAGAAAAAAAAGUGCAUGUUUGUUCCCCCACCACCCGUGCUGAUUGGCUUAGUUUAUGCAAAAAAACAUUUAGGAUUUUUUUUCUUUUUGUUCUGUUCGAUUGCUGAAAACUAGGCAAGUUUAGAGAAAGAUAAAGAUGAACCCAAGCGCUUAAUUCUUAUGACUCACGACACACACCCCCAACACACAAACACACUCAUAUGUAAAAGUUUAGUUUCAUUCUCCAUUUGAUGAACGCAGUUUAUUUUGAAUAAAUGUUGUUCUUUUAAUUUUCCUUACAACACAGCCGAAUUGGUCGUCGUACGUCGUGUUCAUAGAAUGGUAAAGUUUAGAAUUGUAUCUAAGUUUAAGUGAAAUUGUAGCAAAACUAAAACUAAUAAAAAUUUGCAUUCAAAAAACAGGCACACAUUGUAAAAGUGAGUGAGUGAGAGAGAGAGAAGGUUGCGAAAAUCAUUUGUAAAUAUAUAUUCAUCAUUUUAUCCUAGUUUCAUCGUCGGAACCACUUUCUUCUCGUAAUUUUGUAAUUUUUCUAACUACGGAAAAACAGAAAAUGGAAAAUAAUCAAAAUCGGAUCGGUUUGAGUUUAAAUUUUGAAAAAAAAAACACGAAACAUUUUGGUACGCCACGCUUGAUUUUUUGUUUUGACACCCCCUAUUUGUUGUUGAGUUUUUCCCUUUUGUUUCUCUUUUUUUUGUCCCUUUUCGUUAAGUUUACUCUCCGCUGUCAGAUUGAAAGUAAAAUGUGCAUUUAGCCCCUCCCACAAUUCUGAACGCACGUAUGUAUUCGUAAAUAUGUAAAGGCAUUAAUAUCAUCAUUAACUAAGCGGAAAUACAAGAAGAAGGAGAAGAAGAAUAAAACCUAGUACUGCCAGAAGAUAAAACAAGAGAGAAAAAAAAACAUUAACACGAUCUACUUUAAAGCAACAACAACAAACUGAACAAUGAAGCUAAAACAGAGCAACAACAAGUCAAGCAUUUUUCUUUUCUUUUUUAAAAAAUCUAGGAGUGAGGACCGUCUCUAAAUUCCUUCUUCAGGGUCAGGUUGUCGUCCUUCCACCAAAUUGUUAAGUGAACAAAAAGUAAAAAAAAAAAAAUAUGAAAAAUAAAUAAAUAUGCAAAGCAGCAGCACCUGGUGUGUCACUUUUGUAGAUAGACCAGAGGUCUCGUAUUUGAGUGUAAAGAGAGAGAGAGAAAUGUGUAGAAAGAGAAACCCUAAAACAAAAUUUAACCCUGAAAAAUAAGAAAAAGUUAGCUAGGACACAGUAGAAUAUGAGAAUCGUCGUAGAAACGUACUUUUUUGUAUGGAGAGAAAACAUUGAGCGCCGCGCGGCUUCUGUAGAUAAAGUUGAAGUAAAUAAAAAACAAGAUAGAAUGUUUAGCAAAGUAAAUCUAAAUUCCACAAAAUUAACAAAACACAUUCGGCACACUCUUCAAACGUAAAAAAAAAAACAAAGUAAGCCCUGACUUGUUCUAUCCCACUUUCUCGUGUUGCUUCCAGCAAAAGGAAAAAGUGACCAAGCAGCAAAAUGUAAAGAAGUAAACAACUAGCGUAUGUAAAAAGAGAAAUAUGCGAUAAAAUAAUUUUGUGAUAAACGAAAAAUGAAAAAAAUAACUAAGAAAGCAACUCUGCGUAAAGUGAACAACAACAAAACAUGAUGAUACAAUUAAUUAAUCGUAACAACUCACAUUCAGCAAGACAAGCAAGCAGGACUGUAACAUAGCAAAACCAAACACAAAAUGAUAAAAACAAACAAAAAAAAAGAUUGAUUGAAAGAUGAACACACAAUAGAGGAAUAUACUGCUGGAAUAUAAAGUGAA